AUGAUGCGUAGCUCUCAGUCGCUCGACGUCCACGGCAAGGCGCUACGAAUUUCGAAGAUCAUCAAAUUCGCAGCAGAACAGGCACCAGACCAACGUUCAUACUUCUUACUCUACCGGGACCAGAAGAUAAGCAUCCAUCAUCCAUGUGUCAUAUUAGAGAGUUUGUAG